UGCGCAUGCGCUGCGAAAAUCUGUCAGGGGACGCGGAUUCGGUAACCACGCUGGGAAAGAAGUUGCUAUGAUGGGAAAAAACAGUCAAAAUAAAGCUUCAAAAUUAUCUCAUCAGCAAACAGAAGUACAGAAUCCAAGGUUCCACUUUAAGGAGAUAAUCAGUGUUCUCUCCUGUAAAGCUUAUACUGCAGAGGAACUCAGACAAAAAAAAUUCCUAGCAAGAAGUUGAAGAAAAACACUAUGAAACCUCAUCUGGAAGACCAUCUUCAGCAAAUUCCUUUUCAACUGCGUAGAAUUAUGAAAAGUAAAGAGAAAAUGAAUAUCGGAUCCAGUAAACUGAAGAAAAUCAUGAGAGCAUAUAAGUCCAAAGCACAGACAGAAAUCUGUGAGCAGGAACAAAUCAAAGUUCCACACUUUCGGAGAGGAAAGAAAGAGUCUGAGAGAGCUUACCUACGACGCAUGUCACAAGAAACACAGCAUGUUCUCUUUCUCACAAAAAACCAGCCAGAGAGAGAUCCUGAACAAAUGCUGGAGGAGAAGCCAAAAACUUCAAACAAAAAUCUUAAAAAAAAAAAGUACAAUAAAGCAAAAUUGCUCCAUAAAAAAAAGGUCAAGCAACAGGAGGAUGUGGAAAGAAAGAUAUUUACAGAUAAAGUACAAUUUGGAGAGGUUGCCAUGGCACCUCCAUUACUGAAUGUCAAACCAAAGAAGGCUCCUGUGAAACCUCAGAGAGCAUCCAAUAGCCUUCUUCUGAGUUCUAUACUUGGACACACUGAUGUUUCAACAGCUAAGCCAUCUAUGGCAAGGCAGAAGAUAAUUGAGGGAGAACAUAAAAGGGUGGUCCAAGCUUACCGCCAACUGAAGAGGAAGAAAAGCGAAAAGCUGCAAAAGGAAAGGAUGAACAAAUUACUAAACCCUCAAUGAUUAGUACAGGAAAUUGUAUUUCUACAGCUGUGAGUUGAAAUAUUGCAUCUCUAUAUAUAUCUACCAGGCAUAACAUUAUGACCAUCUGCCUAAUAUUGUGUUGGUUCCCCUUUUGCUGCCAAAAAAGCCCUGACCAGUCAUGCACUGUGUAUUCGGAUACCUUUCUAUCAGAACCAGCAUUAACUUGUUGAGCAAUUUGAGCAACAGUAGCUCGUCUAUUCGAUCGGAUCACACGGGCCAGCCUUUGCUCUCCACGUGCAUCAGUGAGCCUUGGUCACCCAUGACCCUGUCGCCAGUUCACGAUUGUUCCUUCCUUGGACCACUUUUGAUAGAUACUGACCACUGCAGACCGGGAACACUCCACAAGAGCUGCAGUUUUGGAGAUGCUCUGAUCCAGUCGUCUAGCCAUCACAAUUUUGCAAUUGUCAAACUCACUCAAAUCCUCAUGAUUGCCCAUUUUUCCUGCUUCUAACACAUCAAUUUUGAGGACAAAAUGUUCACUUGCUGCCGAAUAUAUCCCACCUACUAACAGGUGCCAUGAUGAGAUAAUCAGCGUUAUUCACUUCCUGCUAGUGAUCAUAAUGUUAUGCCUAUUUGGUGUAUAAUCAUGGGGGGAAAAAGUAGCAGCUGGAAUGUACUGGUAUAUUAUUAAAUUAUAUCUUGUAAUUUUAUUUUUGUGAAGGUUGUGUAUUUAUUUGUUUUGUUUUUGAUUGCAUUUUUGUUCUCCAUGUAUAUUUGUUAGACCCUUGUUAUAAAAUGUUUCCUUUUCGGGUUUUAAUUUAGUAAACAUAGAAAAGUUAUAAGACAGGCAUUUCUCUAAACUGAGUAAAGUACAAGCUAUAGAACUGCCCGGUGGUUGUGGCCUGUAGAACAACAUGGGCAUUAGCUAUUGGCGGGGUGUACUCACUGUUGUUGCCAACGGUUUAGACAUUAAUGGCUGUGUAUUGAGUUAUUUUGAGGGGACAGCAAAUUUACACUGUUAUACAGGCUGUACACUCACUACUUUACAUUGUAGCAGUGUCAUUUCUUCAGUGUUGUAUGUAUGUAUGUAUGUAUGUAUGUAUGUAUGUAUGUAUGUAUGUAUGUAUGUAUGUGUGUGUGUAUGUAUGUAUGUAUGUGUGUGUAUGUGUGUGUAUAUAUAUAUAUAUAUAUAUAUAUAUAUAUAUACACACACACAUUCAAGCCCGAAAUUAUUCAUACCCCUGGCAAAUUCUGACUUAAAGUUACUUUUAUUCAACCAGCAAGUUUUUUUUUUUGACUGGAAAUGAGACAGGCUUCUCUUCCAAAAGAUAAUAAGAUGAUGUACAAGAGGCAUCAUUGUGGAAAAAAAUUUCUCAGCUUUUGUUUACAUUUGAACAAAAAGUGGCAUGUCCAAAAUUAUUCAUACCCUUUGGAUUUUCCCAUAGACUGUGACAGUUUGCAAAGUUCUAUACCAUUCCAAAUAGUCCAAGCUGUUCUAAAGCAUCCUAAUUACCCUGAUUCAUUGGGAACAGCUGUUUUAAUCAACUCAACAGGUGAAAAACAGAAGCUCUCUGCUGUUGGUUUGUGGACAGUCAUGGCUAAGACAAAGGAGCUC